AUGACCAACCCAAACGCAGUAGAGACUAAUUUAGAAAAGUUUAACGCGCAACUAAAGAAGACAAGUGAUAGAGUUCGUAGCAGACGGGGAUCAGACCCUACCGACGUUAGAAUUGUCUCAAAUGGACCCACUCAAGAGGUGGAGUCAUCCGACGCCAACACGGAUACGUCCAAUGAUGUGACACCGGCAUCUCGUGGGGGAAGAAACCGGGGAAGAGGCCGGGGAAAGAAAAUGUCGACAGUUACGACUAGAGCAGCGACAGCAGCCAGACAGCUAGCAGAAGCAAAUAAGGAUACGACCAAUCAAACUGAGGCAACAGAAACUCGCACCAGCACAGCCAACAACACAUCAAGUGCGACUGAAGUACAGCCACAGGCUUCACAAAAUGCGACCACAACCGUCAAUGAGACGCAGAUUGAUACGCAACCCGCCAGUUUAAUAUCCCGCAAUAAUGUUCCAGUAACGCCGGCGAACGGCCUAGCGGUUGUGCCAAGGAAGAAUCCUGUCGAUUUGUCAUCAAACGCAACUGUCAGCGACGACCCAGUCACUGUACAUAACCAAUCCGUCCAACAGGGGCAAGAUCGAGAAGCGUGGCCUGGAAUGACCUGA